AUGCGAAGAAAGUAUCAAGGCUCAACCAAGGUCAAACGAGUUCAGUUGCAAGCUCUGCGUAAAGAAUUUAAGAUUACUGCCAUGAAAGAUAAUGAAUUUGUCAAUGAUUACUUUGCAAGAACCUUGACAAUUGCGAAUAAGAUGACUGCUCAUGGUGAAAGAUUAGAACAAAUCACUACUGUUGAGAAAGUAUUGUGUUCAACGAUUCCCAAAUUCAGUUACGUAGUAUACUCUAUCGAGGAAUCAAAGGAUGUUACCAUACUCACCAUUGAUGAACUGCAAAGUAGUUUUCUAAUGCAUGAACAAUGA